AAAAAGUCUCCCAAUAGUUCCAACUUAACCCUAGCCUCAUUCACUCACAAAAUAAAAUUUCUUUUCUUUCCUUUCUCUCCGCGACCACGACAGCUUCGCCGUAGAUCUCCCUCCACGACACAUCGAGCCACCACGACACAGCAAGCCACCUGAUCACCGUGAAACCACGACGCAGCGACAACGACACAGCCACCCACCUUUCGGCGGCGAAACCCUGUUCGACGUUGCGCGCGACCCACCUUCCGGCGGCGAAACCCAGUCCGACGGUGACCCACCUCCGGUUCAGCCUGCCUGUGCGACUGCAUAGCCUCCUUUCCAACACAAAAAUUAUUUUGUUUAUCUUCUUUCUUUUGCCGAAACCUCUUCUUUCUAUUUAAUAGCAAAUGAAACUGAAACCCUAGUUGGCAUUGUGUUCGUUCUUCACUCUCUCAGCCGCGAAAGCAUUUGCGAUUAUGAUAAUCAGCAUUAGUCAUGGCUUCUUCAAUAACUGUGAAGGAAUUUCUCCUCACGAAUUCGUCAAGGCUUACUCCGCUCAUCUCAAACGGCAAGAUGGAGCUGCCUGAAUAGACUGAUAUUGUGAAAAUUGCAAAGUUCAGAGAAUUGGCUCCCUAUGAUCCCGAUUGGUAUUACAUUAGGGCUGUCUAUCCCGGAUGUGCCAUUAUAUGGAAGAAUUGUUACGCUUGAACUUUUUCGCCCUCAUGGUGAAGCACAUGAUUUUUUGUUUAUUGCUACUGAAAGAUACAAAUUCCGUGUUCUUCAAUGGGAUACCGAGGCUUCUGAACUUGUUAUACGCAAAUAUGUGAUUUUGGUGUUGUCUACCGAAGCUACAAAUGCUCUUAUUGUGGAUUGCAUGUUGGUAUUUCAAGGACGGGAAAAGAUUUAUAAAUGGUUGGAUUUUGUAUGGUUUCACUUGUUUUGUUAUUGUAGUAAUCCACCAUAACUUUCUUAUAAUUUUGUAAAAUUGUGUGUAACCUAGAUUGAUAAUUGUAAAUCAUUUACUUGUAAAUCAUUUGUUCAUUUUGGAAGAAUAUAUAUAUAAUCUCCUAAAAAUUUCGUGCAAUGAAAUUAUGCUUCACUAGUUGUUAGAAAAAUAUGAAAUAGUGAUCUAAGUGUGGGUUGUGUGAUAUUGGCAAAAUAUGAAAAAUUAGGUAAAAAAACUUACAGGAGAUGAAACCGGCCUUUUCAUGAAAAAAAUUACAUCAGGCCAACUACAAAGCCGAUGUAAAAACAUACUUUUUACAUUGGUCUAUACGGGAAACCGAUUUAAAAUAUUGCACAUAAUUUUUUUUUUUUAAAAUAUUUAUUUUGUUUUACAUCAGACAUAAUUUAAAUCGAUGCGGUAUCAUGAUUUUUCACUUUGGUUUGUGGACCGAUGUAAAAUGUACUGGAUUUAUUACAUCGCUUGGAUUUACAUCGGUUUCAGACCCGAUGUAAAAUGUACUUUUGCCCGAUGUAAAAAGUAUUUUCUGCACUAGUGUAUUCAGAAUAAAACACACACAUCCAAAAGGAUGAAAAUAUGAAAUGUUAGGCUUUCUGUUCUUCCACAAUUCAUAAGGAGUCUUAUUUAGAAUAGGUCUUAUAGAGAUUCUAUUCUGAAUAUAACA